AAACGCAGUCCUCUCUUGAAGACACACUCAGCACUGAAGUAACGGCUGAAUGGUCUUUUUGUCGAAGCCUUGAGUUGAUACUCUGCAGUGAAUAGCCAGACACUAGAUGUGGGAGAAGUUGUAAUGUUCCUGUGCCUACACCCUCAAAUGAGAUUGGUAAACAUGAAGGGACUUCUGCUCCUGUGUAUGCUCCUCCUGUUUGGAGGUCAAAGGUCAUCAGCGUGCCCCCACCUUUGCUCCUGUGAUGGCAGUCACGUGGACUGCAGCAGCAAGUCUUUCACCUCCUCCUCGCUGCCCACCAGUUUCCCUGCUGGGACCACCGAGCUCCGUCUCCACAACAACCUGCUGACCACCCUCCCUAAGGGGCUCCUGGAUGAUCUGACCUCCCUCCGCUCUGUCUCCCUUCAUGGUAACCCCUGGGUGUGUGACUGUGGCGUCCUCUACCUGCGAGCCUGGCUGCUGCAUCACCACGCCACCGUCACAUUGAAAGUCAACUGCAGCUCUCCUCCCGCAUUGAGAGGGCGGCUGGUGAUGUACUUAACCGAGGAGGAGAUCCUGGAGUCCUGCCACUACUGGUACUGUGACCUGGCUUUGGCCUCGCAGGUGUGUCUGUUUGUGUUCGUGUUGGUGCAGGUGGCUCUGCUGGUGGUUCUCAUCGUGUUCCUGAAGAGGUUCGAGAGGCUGUCCAAGGAGGCGAGGAGAACCACAGAGGAGAGCUUCACAGCCGGGGAGAGUCUGAGGGAGGAGGAGUAUGUACCUUUAAAGGACAAUAACAUGUGAGAUGGAAAAUGACUAUUAGACAAAAAGAAGAAAAAGAGCUUUUUAUCAUCUGCACACAGAGAAAAUGUCAAUCAGAUUACAUUGUUUUUGUGUUUCAGAAUAUAAUUUCAAAGUUAAUUUUUUAUGCACAAGCAGAUGACACAGGAAAAACCACAAUGAAUAAGUAGGGAAACAUAACAAAUGCAGAUACUUCCUAACAGGACAUAAGUGGAGUGGUUUGUUAAAUAAUGUGAAUCACUCGCGACAUCACCAGAUCACCACCUCCUUCCUUUAAUUUCUAACUCAUGUAUGUCACUUAUAUACCACUGGAGAAGAGAUUGAAUAAAAAUAACAAAUAAAAACAGUCAGCACUCAGCACUGUAGAGUUUUGAGGCUAAUACUGAUAUUGUCCUUUCAAAGUAAGAAUUUCUAUAUCUGUUGGACAAUGCUCAUUUCAUCCAGAGAAAAGGAGAGGCGCUGUAAAAUGCAAAAAAGUGUGGAAAUGCUGUCUAUGCUGUUUUGCAGUUGUGCACAAAGAGCAAAUUAAAAUUUCUCUCUUUUCUGUGUUUGACAGCUUCCAUCCUUUUUUCAGCGACAACAUUUUUUUAUCUCUGAAAACAGGAAGCCCUCUUCCUCUGUUUCCUGUGAUGUAUUCAUUUAAAACAUUAGAGAAGAUAGUAAGGAUCAGGAUCCCUUUAGUUUGGUUAAUAAAAAGUUGGGAACAUUGCAGGCUUAUGAAGUGUAAUUUACAGAAAUAAACUUGUCAGGGACCUGUGGUGGCCUUGUUAUUUACCAGCCAACAUAUAUGCUUGUUCCAAUGGGCCUGAAUCAUAACCUUAUUUCAGAUGAUAAUAUUGGUAUUGCAUGUUUAUUCUGUGCACAGAAUAGAUCAACUUAGUCAUGUACAUAUGGACAGUAAAGUCCACACACUUGUACUCAUUUCACUCAUUCCCAAUUAAUUUAUUUUUGUUCACAUGUCAAAUAUACCACAUAAUCAUGCCACAUAAUGAUUACAGGAAGAAACCACACAGGCCCUUUCUACCUUGACCAAAACCCAUGUGGCUAAAAUAUCAAAUUCCAGCUUUCCUUCUUCAAAGGCCCAUGUGGUUGAAAAGCUGAUAAAUGAUCAUAGACGUAACAAGUAACACGUUUCCUGUACAUAAUCAGCACUUUGACAUGUUUUUUUUUGUGGAUGUGAGUCUAAUCUUAACUGAAGCGUGAAUGAGAAAUUGUUAUGUUUGAAAUACUUAAAAAAAUGUUAUAUCUGUGUAAUAGCUGGCAAUUUUAUAUGUUUUUCUAAUGGCAUUA